AUGGGAGGAGUGGAUUUACUAGAUUCUAUGCUGGGUUAUUAUAGAAUCCAUUUGCGGUCUCGUCAAUGGUACAAGAGGAUUUUUUUUCACAUGGUGGACAUGACACUUGUCAAUGCUUGGUUGUUAUGGCGCCGAAUCAAUGCUGACUCUUACAUGCCACUUUAUGAUUUCAAACUGGCCGUUUCCGAACAUUUGCAUAAAGCAGGAAAAGCAGUUAUGACCAAGAAACGUGGUCGUCCAUCGAGCAUUCUUGGAACUCCGACAUCCAAGCCGGGGUGGCACUCCCUCCCGUAUUCCUGA